AUGCCAGCGACGUCGACUGCACCUUCUCGGUCGGGUCUUCGCCGUCGGGUGCAGCAGAUUUCACCUCACCCGGCACGAUUCGCCACCAACACCGACAAGCAACAAGGAACGUGCUCGUACUACCCGCCGGAUGAAGGAGGCUGUCGCGCUCCUCGCACCUGCUACGACUGUCUCAAUGCUGAACUGGAUCAGGAACCAGAAGGCUGCAUGAUCAACGAAGUAGCCAAGUGCGUCUCCGUCACCGGCAACUACGAUUUCUCUCUAGAUUUCCGCCUGGAAUUUCCAGCCGUGAACACAACGUACUGCGAAGCUAACGACGCGCGCUUCAACGAGGACGUGCUCGCUGACGCUGGGUUCAUCUACGGAACGGGUGGCUGUGUGUUUGUUGGCGUGUGUCAAGUGCCGGGUUGGGCCUACCAUGACGGCAACCCACCGGGGUAUUUAGUGUUUUGGUGCGUGGCGAUCGCCAUUUUGCUCACGUUGGUGGCCACUCUGUCCAUGGUGGUCACGAUUCACCACCAUCACAACAAACGGAGGCUCGAGGAAUUGCAGCGCAGGAGAACGAUCGUCGUGAGCGAACCCGUCGCCAGCUCGUCCCGCUGUAUGACGCCAAAGUCCACCAAAAGCGGCGCCCGGCUUUUGAACUUGUUCGGCUGGGAGGCCAUGCGCGCCGACCUCAUCGAGAAGGAGCGCCAGGAGAGGCUGGGCGGGGCCAUCAGCGAGAACAGCUUAUCCGGUGUAUCUCCGUCGACAAACUACCUUCAACUUGUAGGCGCCCAGCCUUCCGCGCCUGUCAUGUCGCCCAUCGCUUCCUCCGCCCCACAGUUUACAGACUGCUAG